CAGCAUAUCCGUCCUCGAUAACAUCCUCAGAUACGGGAUCCUGGUGGAUCCGAUCAGAUGGGUGCGCUACAUUCAACAGGAUCCGGCUGUUUGGCCUCCCCUAUACAUCCUGAUGGGACAAUGCGUGGCAAGGCGUGGGCAGGAGCGCUCUGUGCUUCAACUUAUCUCUGACUCUGGCGGCUCCAUGCCUGGUGGUCUUCGUCUGGGAGUGCAAUCCAGUGGCCGCCGGGUUGGUGAUGUGCCUCGUGACUAUGACCUUCCUGAAGCUGGUGUCCUACCACAUGGUGAACUUCUGGUGCCGGCAGCAAAAAACUUCACGAAAGAACCACAAGCGAUGCAUUUCUUUGGAAGGAGAGACGACACCGGUGAUGCCAGCCAAUGGUAUCUGCGCCGACGGGCCGCGCCGGAACGCCCUGGUCUAUCCGGACAACUUGAGAAUUGACAACGUCUACUUCUUCAUGGUCGCGCCAACCUUGUGCUACGAGCUCAAUUUUCCACGGUCGUCCGCCAUCCGCAAAACGUUCCUUUUCCGGAGGUUCCUCGAAUCGCUGCUUCUUCUGCUGCUGAUCCUGGCCUUGGUUGAGCAGCUGAUGAUGCCGGUCGUGCAGCCCACGGCCGAGCCUGCUGAGAUGGCUGGCUCGUGUCCGGCGGAACUGAGCGUCUCCGUCGGCCGGGAGGAGCGCAGAAUUCCGACGGCCCUGGAACAAUUCCUCAAGGCGGCGGUGAUUAACAUCUUCAUCUGGCUUGUGAUCUUCUACUGGUUCUUUCAUUCAACGCUCAACAUGACGGCUGAGGUGCUCAGGUUUGCCGACAGGGAGUUCUACAGGGACUGGUGGAACGCCGAGACAGUGCAGUACUUCUGGCAGAACUGGAACGUGCCGGUGUACCAUUGGUGCUUGCGCCACCUGUACAGGCCCCUCCUCGGCACGGGCAUGUCCAGGUUCAACGCCAGCUGCUUCGUCUUUCUCGUAUCCGCCUUCUUUCACGAGUUCGUGCUCAGCGUCCCCCUCCGGAUGUUCCGCGCAUGGGCUUUCACCGGCAUGCUUCUGCAGAUUCCAUGGACCUUCCUGAUCGACAAGUGUCUGUGCAACUGGUUCCCGAGACUCGCGGGCAUGGCCGUGUGGACGGCUUUCAUCGGCACCCUGGCCCUGAGCAACAUCCCCUACUACCGGGAGUACUACCUCGUCUUGGCGGGCACGAUCGCGCAGUCGCCCUAAGCGUGUCCUGUGGCUCCAGCUUGGGCCUCCCAAGAAACGGAACUGUGCAAGCUGCGUGUGGGGGCCCCGUGGGGGCCCACUUCGUUCUUUUCUACUUCCUCUUUUGACUCGCAGCACCAUCGCCAUUCGCCAUGCACAAACGCUGGUGUGGUCGCGAGCGCGCGUGAUUAAAGACAUUC